GUAUUAAUGCUACCCCACUCUCACCAUCUCUUUCUCAUCCAAAACCAAUUACAAAAAACUUGAAUCGUCCCAUGAGAUUCGCCGCGCUUCUCUUCUAAUUUACACUCAUUGCCACUCUCUUCCGAUCUUCAAAUCUAUUCGAACUAGCCCUCGCAUUUCAGGUUCAUUUACCCCUCUUUCUCCAUCUACGUUUACUCAAAUAUAUAUACACCGUAUCUAUAGAUUCCCUGGGUUUGACAACAUUUAACUUGUUGGAAAUGUUUUUAGAUAAAUGAAUGUGUAAUGCGGAGUCGGGAUUGCUUUUUCAGCCGAGUUUCGUUUCCAAUUAUUUAGCUUGAUUCUCGAUCUGCAAAGUUAGCGUUUUCAAUUUAUUUGUCAAGAAAUGGGUCUGGAGAAAUGCGGGGUUUUAUGAAGCUUGAAUGGUUCAGAAUGAGGAUGGAAAGUUGAGGAUUGUUUUUUUUUACUUUUUAGGGUUUGGUUAUUUUUUAUAUAUUUAUUGGGAUGAAUCGGAGUUUUAGGGCACCGGAGAGGGAACAAAUGGGGAAUCUGAGACUGAAGGACAACAAGGAUGAGGAGCUGGCAUUGUUUCAAGAAAUGCGCAAGCGCGAAAAGGAACGAAAUAAUCUUCUUCUUCUUUACAACUCCGACGAGUUUGAUGCUCCACUUGGAUCAAAGAUUGGUAGUACUCCCAUUUUUAAUAUAACUGCAGGUACACCUGCACCUCUGCGGAAGACUGGUGCUGAUGAAUUUCUUAAUUCUGAUGGUGAAAAAAAUGACUAUGAGUGGCUUUUAACACCUCCAGGCACUCCUCUUUUUCCUUCACUAGAGAACGAAUCGCAGAAAACUGUUAGGAACCAGCUGGAAACUCUGAAAAUCCGGCCCUCGGCGCUGAAAUCUAGACUAGCAAACUCCCAGCCUGAGCAAGCUAGUAGAAGCAAUUUAUUAUCUAGACAGCCAACUUCAUCUCUUGGAUUAAAUACUUCAACUGGAGGACUCCGCAGGCCCUCUUCAUCUGGGGGUCCUGGAUCAAGACCUGCAACACCAACUGGGCGUCCAACACUGAGCUCAACAUCUAGAUCCACUUCGACUUCAGCAACUGAUAAACGUACAUUGUCCACUUCUUCCAAAUUAACCUCUGCCACAUCAUCUAAAGCAAUAUCGACCGCAUCGUCUAGACCUUCAAGAACUUCAACACCUACUUCCCGUGGCACCUUGCCUUCAGCUAAGCCCAUAGCUCCGCCUAGAUCUUCUACACCUACCUCGAGGUCUACAAUAAGAUCCUCAACACCUACAACCAGACAAUCUUUACCUGCACCAAAGUCUAUGUCAAGGGCAGCAACCCCGACUCGUAGGACAUCAGUGUCAAGUGCCCCAGUUAAGUCCCCAACCUCUUCUUCAGUUAUAAAGCCUGCUACCUCUACAGCAAAAAAUCCAGUGCCGGCAGUGUCUAAUUCUCCAACUAUGAGGCCCAAACCAUGGAAACCCUCAGAUAUGCCUGGAUUCUCCCUUGAUGCUCCACCAAAUCUGCGGACAUCUCUGUCUGACAGGCCACCUUCUGUCACAAGGGGAAGACCUGGAGGACCGAGUUCUAGAUCUUCAUCUGUUGAACCCAGUUCAAAUGGAAGGGUUAGACGACAGUCAUGUUCUCCAGCAAGAGGACGACCUCCCAAUGGCAUUACUCGUAGCAGUGGAAGCUCUGUCCCCGUGCCUGCUGUAAAUCGAUUGCAUGCCAAGGCUAAUGACAACGUGAGCCCUGUUCUAUAUGGAACUAAAAUGGUUGAGAGGGUAGUAAAUAUGCGGAAACUGGCUCCACCCAAGAAAGAUGACAAACACUCACCAAUUAGCAACUUAUCUGGAAAGUCUUCAUCACCCGACAGUUCAGGCUUUGGGAGAACGCUUUCAAAGAAAUCGUUAGACAUGGCAAUAAGGCAUAUGGGCAUAAGGCGAACAGUUCCAGGCAAUUUACGCCCGCUAAUGGCUAAUAUCCCAGCAUCCUCUGUUUAUAGUGUGAGAUCAGGGCAUACCAAAAGCAGGACAGUUAGUAUGUCUGAUUCCGCACUUGCUACAAGCAGUGCUAGUUCUGAAGUGAGCAUCAAUAACAAUGCCAUUUGCGUUGAUGGAAGUGAUGGGGAUGACGAUGUUAGCAGUGAUAAGCGUCCCCAAUCUUCUGCCAGCAUACGUAGCAGGAGAUGAUUGUUGACUCUACCAUAAUAUACAUAUAUUAACCGUUGACUUCUACUCUGAACUUUUGGUUUGAAGAAAAUUCAGACAAUUGAGAGAUGAUCAUUCUCCACUGAAGAAGGUUAGUGUAUAUUUUGAUUCAAAAGUUAGAUGUAUAAUUUGAAAUCUGUGUCAUCAUUAGAAACUUGGUUCGUAUGCUAAACCUUCUUCCAGUUUGUUGUUUAUUUUGUGAAUUGAUUAAAUUGAACAUGUAAACCCUUUUCUUGGGACGUUAAAAUCAAUGCCUACUUCAAUUUUUU